AUGGGCGGAGCUUCCCGUGGCCACGCCCCCAUCCCUCAGCCAAUGGCGUGGCGCCGCACCCCUCCCUGCGGGGCCGCGCCGAGCCGAGCCGGGCCGAGCGGAGCGGAGGCGAGCCGAGCCCAGGCGGAACCGAGCGGAGCCGAACCGAGCCGAACCGAGCCGAGCCGGACCGAGCGGAGGAGCGCCCCGGGGGGGCCCGGCCCCGGCCCCGCCAUGCAGUGGGGCCGCGCGGCGCUGCGCCUAUCGCGGGCGUUGUGCCUGCUGCUGUCGGCGCCGCUCUGCCCGCAGGGGGCGAGGGGACGGCGGGUGACGCGGAGCAGCUGGCACACGUGCAGGCAGAAGCAGCAGCUGGCCAAGGCGCGCGCCGCCGAGCUGGGGACGGCGGCCGAGGGCGAGAAGCUGCACAGCGACAGCGGGGUCUUCCUGGACACGCACAGCCUGCAGGAGCCCCACCAGAUCGGCAAGGCGCCCCGUCUCGAAGCCCGACCCUACAGCGCCAUCCCACAGCAGCGACGGGAGGAGGUGGAGCGGCUGCUGGAGAGCGGAGGGCCCGGGGGGGACUGGCGGGGGCUGGCCGCCCGCCUGGGCUACGGGGACGAGGCCAUCGGAGCCUUCGCCCGUGGCCAGGCGCCCGCCCGCACCCUGCUCGCCACGUGGGCGGCCAAUGAAGGGGCCACGGUGGAAGCCCUGUGCCUGGCCCUGGCCGCCGUGGGACGCCAGGACGUGGCCGAGUGCCUGGCGGGGCCGGGGGACGCCAGCUCGGUGGUGUGAGCCCAACCAGGGGGCUCCAGUGCAGCCAGGAGGAGGAGGAGGAUGGGACACGGGGACACUUGGUUCCCCUUGGGCGGGUGAGCCCUUGGCCACCAGCGGCUGCGUGCUGCCGUAUUACUUUUUUUUUAAGUCAUUUUUUGUACUUUUCCGGGGAGGGUUGGGGGGUGGGAGAUGCCCUUUUUGUAUUUGGGGGUCUCCACGUGGGGACGGGGCGUUGCGCGCCCGUUGCCUGCGGUGGUUGCAUUAAACAGCCAAGGUGCCUUUG